UCGUCAAACCAGACAUCGGAUACAGACAACAACAGUGACAGAUCAAGACCGCAUUUCUGUUUGUAGCCAACCAUGGCUGUAGUCUGAAAAGUGGAUACAGUAGCGCACCGCAAUAUACCUCGAAGUUUUAUCCUCAUGAAGGAGCUCCGUCCUGGCUGAGUUUGGGAGAUGGGAGUACAUAACAUUGCAGACCAGCCUCCUCUGGUACAGGCCAUCUUCAAUCGUAAUGCAGAAGAAGUUCAACUAUUAUUGCACAAACAGGAGGAUGUCAAUGCACUGGACCAAGAGCGCCGCACACCACUUCAUGCUGCUGCCUGUGUGGGUGACGUCCAUAUAUUGGACCUCCUCAUUGAAUCAGGUGCCACUGUAAAUGCUAAAGACCACGUAUGGUUGACCCCGUUGCACAGGGCGGCCGCUUCCAGGAAUGAGAGGGCAGUGGGUCUGCUGCUGAGGCGCGGAGCAGAGGCAAAUGCGCGAGACAAGUUCUGGCAGACACCGCUACAUGUGGCUACUGCCAAUCGUGCCACUCGCUGCGCAGAGGCCCUGCUGACCCAGCUGAGCAACCUGAACAUGGCAGAUCGCACUGGCAGAACAGCCUUGCACCACGCAGCUCAGAGCGGGUUCCAGGAGAUGGUGAAGCUGCUGCUGAACAAAGGGGCCAACCUGAGUGCCAUCGAUAAGAAGGAAAGACAGCCUAUCCAUUGUGCUGCCUACUUGGGGCAUUCAGAGAUCGUGAAGUUGCUGGUUUCCCGUAGUGCCGACAAGAGCUGCAAGGAUAAGCAGGGAUACACACCUCUCCAUGCUGCAGCUGCAAGUGGUCACCUUGAAAUUGUAAAGUACCUACUGAGGAUGGGGACAGAGAUUGAUGAGCCUAAUUGCUUCGGAAACACUGCGCUUCAUGUGGCUUGCUACAUGGGACAGGAGGCUGUGGCUACUGAGCUGGUGAACCAUGGAGCUAAUGUCAAUCAGCCAAACAAGUGCGGCUUCACCCCUCUGCACCUGGCCGCGGUCUCCACCAACGGUGCCCUCUGUCUGGAGUUGCUGGUCAACAAUGGGGCAGAUGUCAACCAGCAGAGCAAAGAAGGGAAAAGCCCCCUGCACAUGGCAGCCAUUCAUGGACGCUUCACACGCUCUCAGAUCCUCAUCCAAAACGGUGGGGAAAUUGAUUGUGUGGAUAGGUAUGGCAAUACUCCUCUCCACGUUGCUGCUAAGUACGGCCACGAACUGCUGAUCAGCACUCUCAUGACCAACGGAGCAGACACGGCCAGGCGUGGAAUCAGUGGAAUGUUUCCCUUGCACUUAGCGGUGCUGUACGGGUUUUCAGACUGUUGUCGCAAGUUACUCUCCUCAGGUCAGCUGUACAGUAUAGUUUCAUCCAUGAGUAAGGAGCAUGUACUUUCGGCCGGGUUUGACAUAAACACCACUGACAACUUCGGAAGGACCUGUCUGCACGCUGCUGCCUCCGGAGGAAAUGUUGAAUGUCUGAACUUGCUCUUGAGUAGCGGUACCGACUUGAAUAAGAGGGACAUUAUGGGAAGGACUCCGUUGCACUAUGCGGCUGCUAAUGGGAGGUACCAGUGCACUGUGACCCUGGUGAGCGCUGGCGCUGAGGUCAACGAACCUGACCAGACCGGCUGUACUCCCCUGCACUACUCUGCCGCCUCCCAAGCCUUCAGCAGAGUUGAUCGUCAUUUUUCUGGGAACCAUCAGAAUGACGAGGAUGAGGCGAAGGAGUCGUACUUCUGCUUGGAGCAUCUUUUGGACAACGGUGCCGAUCCAUCGAUGGUCAACUCGAAGGGUUACAGUGCUGUUCACUAUGCAGCUUACCAUGGCAACAAACAGAACCUGGAGCUGCUCCUGGAGAUGUCUUUUAAUGCACUAGGAGACAUAGAGAGCAGUAUUCCAGUCAGUCCUCUGCAUCUUGCUGCUGAUAAGGGCCACUGGCAGGCGUUGCGCGUGCUGACAGAGACUGCAGCCUAUGUGGACAUGCAGGAUGCCGCGGGGCGUUCUGUGCUCUACUUGGCUGCACAAAAAGGCUACGCCCGCUGCGUGGAGGUACUUUUGGCUCAGGGAGCCUCCUGUCUCCUCAAUGACAACCGCCUCAUGUGGACUCCGAUUCAUGUUGCAGCUUCCAACGGUCACUCAGACUGCCUGCGCAUGAUGAUUGAUUACGGGGAGGAGGGAGAUCUCACCAAUGUUGCAGACAAAUUUGGCCAGACCCCUUUGAUGCUAGCUGUUCUGGGAGGUCACACCGACUGUGUCCACUACCUGUUGGAGAAGGAUUCCUUGCCAGAUGCCAAGGACAAGAGGGGCAGCACAUCUUUGCACAGAGGGGCGGUGUUGGGCCACGAUGACUGUGUGACGGCCCUGCUGGAGCACAAGGCAUCCGCGCUGUGUCGGGACGUUCAGGGUAGGACACCGUUGCACUACGCCGCAUCCAGAGGCCAUACGGAGAUCCUGGCCAGUAUGGUGCAGGCCGCCUUGGCAACAGACCAACAAGACAAACUGCUGGACAACAAACAAUACACCCCGUUACACUGGGCUGCUUACAAAGGGCAUGAAGACUGUUUGGAGGUUUUACUUGAAUUUAAAACAUUUAUCCAUGAUGAGGGAAAUCCUUUCACGCCCCUGCACUGUGCUCUGAUGAAUGGGCACAGCGGUGCUGCAGAGAGGCUGCUGGUGUCAGCCGGGGUCCACAUGAUUAACACCAGAGAUGCCAAAGGAAGGACCCCGCUGCACGCCGCUGCAUUUGCCGAGGAUGUGGCGGGACUUCAGCUGGUGCUCCGCCACGGGACCGAGAUCAACGCAGUGGACAACAGUGGAUGCUCCGCUCUGAUGGUAGCUGCCGACAAGGGACACAGUGGCACCGUGGCCAUCCUCCUUCACCGGGCCAAGGCCGACCUGACACUGCUGGAUGAGAACAAGAACACUGCCCUGCACCUGGCCUGCAGCAAGGCCCAUGAGAUGUGUGCCCUGCUGAUUCUGGGGGAAAUCCACAGUCCAACACUCAUAAAUGCCACCAACAGCGCUCUGCAAAUGCCCCUCCAUCUUGCAGCACGCAACGGCCUGGCGACGGUGGUGCAGGCACUCCUGAGCAGAGGAGCCACUGUGCUGGCUGUGGAUGAGGAAGGCCAUACCCCGGCCCUGGCCUGCGCUCCCAACAAGGACGUGGCCGACUGCCUGGCUCUGAUCCUCUCUACCAUGAAGCCUUUCCCCCAGCGGGACCCUUCCUCCAGCUCCGGCCCUUCUCCCACCGUCUCCCCCUCCACGGGUCUCAACUUGCUGAAGCACUGCGGCAUCACCGCCGCCUGCGCCCCCUUGCCGAGCAACGGCCUCCACAACGGCUACGUCAAAGACCGCCACGGCGCGCCGGUUGGCCUGGACGGGUGUCUGUCUGAGUGAGGUCACCUGGCCCCCCUCAGUCAGCUGCUAUUACCAUCAUCAUCACCACCACCAGGGGAGGGGAGGGGGAGGGGGGGGGGACUCCCUUUAACAUGGCCCAGAGGACCAGGAGAGCACCCACCCACAUGUCUGUUCUCUGUGUGCGUGUGUGUCCGUCCGUCCGUGUGCGCGUGAGUGCUUGUUCUUCUCUUGAGGUGCAGUCAAACCUAAUAUGCAAUUAGAUUCCUCCAUCUCCCGGUAGUGCUUGCUAUGUAGAGGCGGAUUGUUCUACAAGGUCACUCAGAUGAAGUGUGGCAUCCAAAAUAAACACUAGAAAUCUGUCCAUCUCUAAACCAUUUAACCCUUUAAAGCCAUGCCGACAUAAUUACACAACAGACAUCGAAGCAUCUCUGCAUCCUCACCUGUCUUUCUCUUCAUAUCACUCAAUAUAUAAGUCAUAUCAUGUUUAGUUGUGGUGACCUUGUAGAGGAACAUACAGCCUUCCCAAAAUGAUGAUCAAAGAGUAUUUGUUUUUGUUUUUAUUUUAUUUUUAUUUUUUAUUCUCCGUUAGCCUAGAAUUUUUAUGAAGGAACCACACAAGGGAAAAAUAGAAAAGUUUGAUUAAGCGUGCAAUGCUCGUGUACUACAGUACAAUCCGAAAUUAGGAAAACGGUCACAAAGAUGUUAAUUCCAUAGUGUACUUUAAGUGUACGGCGUACAAUUGUUUGGCAUUUUAAACUAAUUUGGUAAUGCUGCUGAACACAUUAGCAUGUCUCCUUCCAAAGGAGAGCAAUGUUUGGGUCAGCGUCGCAACAUCGAUUUGUUCUUGACGCUGACGUCGGGUUUUAAAGAUGCUAAAUAAGUGUUUGUUAAGCUAGAAUGUUUUCGAAAGCAUAUAACUUAUGACCAAAGUUGAUCAACACUAUUAUGGCUAUAAAUUAUUUAUUUGAGAUGAACUGUACUGUAUAGAGAAAGACAAUAGAUCUCGAUAUACCUCGUCAACUCGUUUAGCAGCUGCUUCAUCUUCACCCAGGGUCCGUUGGCCUCUGGUUCUCUCUUUGGAGAACUACUGUAGGGUAGUGACUGACUGAGGCCUUGUUUAGUUCUAGAUGAAGGCUUUACUAGUAAUAUCUGCCAACAACACCUCAUCAAAGUAUCAUAUUGAGCACAUAAAUGAACAAGCCAUUUCAAUUUAUUUCCCAUCUAAUUAACAGUGGCAAUUUUUUUUGUUGUUUUUUUUGGAACAGAUUUCCAUAUUCAAAAGGCCUAAUUAUUGAAAAGGGGGCGAUCACUUUGGGUUUUUAGGCACUCGUGACGUUUUGUUGUUGUUUUGUUUUUUCUAAGCUGAAGCGGCCGUCAGCUUGGUGGUUUUAAGAAACUCGCACUAAAAGUAUUACUUGGAGCUGGUGAACUAGUCUUAAACAUCAAUUGGCUCGUAUCUCAACUUCUCGGUGGUCAUCUGCGAUCCAUUGGAACAGCUAUAGAGUAAUGUCUGCUAUUUUUAUUGGGCAGUUUUCAAGCAAUAUUUACUUUUGGCCUUUUUUUCUUUUCUUUUUUUUUUAACGUUUUUGAAUAGACAAUCACUGUCACAAGGGCUUUUAUUUCCCUGGAAUGUGUUUUUGAUUUUUUGUUUUUCGUUCCUUAUUUCAUGGAAAAUGACCUAAAGACUAAACGAAUGGCUCUGUGUGUGCCGGGCAUUUUACUGUCAGUGUCAACACAAAUGCACUGGAUUGCCUUUACGGCGUCUCAUGAAAUGCCUUUUUGACCCAUGCCUUCUGUAACACAUCAUUUCAGUUGGAUUGCAUAAUGGCAAAAUAAGAUGAGCCCUGAGACUGACUAUCUUCCCAUUUCCCGUUUGAGAGCAACAGCAUUGAACCACAGUUGCACUCGUAGUCUCCUUUGGAGGGGGAAUUGCCCGGCGUAUGUUCAUAUGUCCCGGGGAUAAUCAAUGACCACGAGGUUGAUAUCCCUGCUGGAGGCAGAUGGGGCUAGGAGGGGAAAAGGAGAGGGAUCUUUGCUGAGGCCAAUACCUGUUGUUUAGAUUUCAGGAAUAGCAGAAAUCCAAAUAUGUGCUUUUUUUGGUGUUCAUAUUAUUGUCUCCUCCCAUUUCUGGUACUAAAGAUGAUUGUAUCGGACCACUAGAGCUGUUUGUGACUUUUAGAUGUUCUAUCUAUGCUAUUUUGUCUGUUCUUAUUUUGUGUUGGAUAUUUUUUUAGACCUUCUGCUGGUGGUUAAAUUACACGGCGUUGGAUUGUUGUCGUCGGUGCGAUAACUUCAUAUCCGCUGGUAAAAGAAGUGGCACAAUUGCACACGUUAGUUGACUGGAUAAGAGACGUGAACCCAGACUGGUAGAUUAAAUACCCCUGCAAAAAAAAGCUUGAAUUUGACAUAAUUUACAAAAAAUGGUAAAGUCCAUUUCAGUACAGUUAUUUCUCAGUGUCAUAGUUUCAUAGUUUGCAUUUCAAUUGACCUCCAUAACUGACUGAAUUUAAAUGAGUGUCUGUAACAGGUGAUCCCCCCCCCCCCGCCUUUGUUCUCUCGAAUUUCAUGAGAAAACGACAUUAUUAUCGUCAUGAGCAUUCGGGAUAGGUACAAAAGGUUUUGUAAUCUCAGGAUCUGUGCUGAAAAAGCAGAAUUUAUUAAUCCAAUCAGAUCUCAGCAGGAUGGUUAUGUCUACAUUUUCUUUUGAUGGGAUGUUCCAUAAUGUAAUUCCUUUUUAACAGUAAUCCCACAGCACUUAAUUAGAUAGUCAAGAACGCACUUUAGUACAUUCAGGUUCAAAGUGUGCAAAAUAGAGCAGAUGUAAUGUAUGUACUUAUGUUUACAUGCAUGUGUGUUGCUGCUGAAUACAGGAAGAUAUGGUUACAACAGACAAGCAAAGGCUGUAACAAAAUUGUACUCUAAUAAUGCAUUAUUUAUAAAGAAGAAGUGUCUCCCGAGUACUUUGGGAUAUCGCCCGCUGACUUUAUUCUUGUGUUUUUAUGGCUGGGCAACCGGCCCAAAGGAAGUGACACGGUUUCUUUACCCAGCCUACUGUUAACGACACAGACUCUGGCCUCAGUCACUUAAAGUCAGUCGAGUGGCUCCACAGACACCUCAGGCAGGCUCCUUGAACCCUCCACCACAUCGCCAGGUGCUCUCAGACCGUUGGGUUGUUGUUGUUGUUGUUUUUUCUCUCGUGAGUUUACUAGUAAACAGAGCCCCUACAACUGUACAAGUUGUAACUGAAUCCCCUUGUCGUAUUGCAGUAUUCUUAUACAGGCUUUUUAUUUUCUCCCUUUUUUUUUCCCUGUGUACCAGUGAUGUUUGAGUAAUCGUGCAUGGAGCUAGAUCACAAUUUUUAUAUAUAGGAACAAUUUAAGCGAGUGGAGUAUAUACAAUAUAUCUGGUGUCAGAAACAGCGAAAGCAAUGAAAAGUCCAAUUGUAGCAAUAGUGUGUGUGUGUGUGUGUGUGUGUGUGAUCGUGUGCAGCACAAACAUUGCACUGCCAUCCAUGUAGGAAAGUCAGUAAAUCAUAGCAUAAAUGCCAAUGGAAGAUUCAAAUGCGGGUUGGAUGUUAUAAUAUUUUGUCACUGAUAAGGCCUAAUUGCCAAACUGUGUCGAGAGGAGAGAACCUCUUAGUAAAGCAGCAAUGGAUUUAUGCAUAUGUUCAAGCAGUUUACAGUCUGACCAUCAAAUCUGAGCCAUGAUUUUUUUUUUUUCUAACUAAAUGAAUGUAGGGUCAGUUUAGAGCAGGAUAAUUUGCUUUCUCCCGACUUUAAACUGUUGCUCUUCAUUUGUCUUGAGUAGAUAUGACUAUACAGGUAGCAUGUAAUAACCUAAUGCUCUACAAAUGACACAGUAUGUAGAGUGGUCUUCCUGCAUUGAUGGUCUAGAUAGGGUUUUUUUUUUUUUUUUUUUGUGGCAUUGACGAAUUGUAGGCGAAUAGGCCUGCUGUUGUGUAAUAUCUCUAUACAUAUAUAUUUGUGUGGAGUGUAGCCUACAAGGUAAACGGAAGACAAGAGUUUAGAUGAAUUCAACAUUCAUGUUCAUCCAUUCCAUUGAGAUUGCCUUAGUAAAACAAGAGGGGAGGAAAAAGGUCGACCGUAGACAUGAUCACACAUACUCGUUAAUAGCCUGUAUUUGACAAAAAUGCACCUAAGCUACACCCAUUUAGUGCCAUAGAAACCUUUAUUUGCCUUUAGACGUAAAUCAUUAUUACUUGGUCACUAACUAAUUCAGAAGUAGGCAGGAUUAUUAAAGUUUUGUGUUUGGAGCUGCAUGUCUUUUCACCAAUUAUAUAAGUCUAAGAAUUAUGUGCAUGGGAUAUUAGUAUUUAAAUGCAAAUAUUCCGUUAACGCUUUGGUGGUUGUUGAAGUCUAUUGUAUAAUUGGACAUUUUUGAAGAAUACCGCUGGUCCCUUUUGGUAUUGGCAAGGCAAUCCCUUGGGUGUGUGUGUGUGUGUGUGUGUGUGUGUGUGUGUGUGUGUGUGUGUGUGUGUGUGUGUGUGUGUGUGUGUGUGUGUGUGUGUGUGUGUGUGUGUGUGUGUGUGUGUGUGUGUGUGUGUGUGUGUGUGUGUGUGUGUGUGUGUGUGUGUGUGUGUGUGUGUGUGUGUGUGUGUGUGUGCUGGUUACCAGGAGAAAAAAAAUGAUGUCCAAAAAAAAAAAAAAUACAUAGCGUAUAUGGUAUAGAAUUGAUUUGCCUCAAUGGAUGUCUCGAUUCUUACUUGAAGUAAAUGGCAAAUUUUAAUUCAACUCUGUGAUCCACUGUUGAGCCUUUUGCCUUAAAAGGGAAAUGAUACCUGGCAGUACCUGAUAAGUUGCAUCAUCUGUAGAGUUACACCGCUUUGUUGGAUUGCUGUAAAACAAAGAAUUCAUGGCUUAUUUUGGUCUUACGGACAUCUUUGGGUGUCUAAAAGCACACGCAUCUAUCGAGGUAGCACAUAGCUAAAGGUUGCCACGGUGCAGAGAUUUGUCGCUUAGGAUAUUGCCAUAUUUGCCACUGUGAAGGAACAAAUUCCGAAUUCACUCCUAAACAAUCGACUGGCUUCUGCGUCAUCCAGAGCUCAAAUUUCCCUGCAGUUAAAGUGGUGUACCUCCAAAAAAAAAAAAAAAAAAAAAAUAGUUAGAUAGAAAGUAAAUUAUAUUGAAGAAUGCUUGUACAGCUUUGCUAACAAAGAGUUGAAUUGUCGUGGUCUCUCCUUUUUGUGGGUAGUGUAAUUCUGCUUAAACCAGCCUAAACCAGAGACGUGUCCAUGGAUCGGUGUGGGCCGAUGUCUCACGUUUCCUACCUUCACAAUCGGGGCAGCCAACUGCACCUUGUACUUUUUAUUGGACCUGCAGUUUUACCUCAUCAGUGAUCUUUUGUGUGAGACGACGCUGACAUUUCUCCUCUGUGAUUUCUUCUCAUGCCAGUCGUGUCGAUUUCUCUCUUGUAGUUUGUGUGUGAGAGACCUUUUCGAUAUAUAUAUAUAUAUAUAUAUAUAUAUAUAUAUAUAUAUAUAUAUAUGCAUGUCAAACCUAAACAUUCACGAACAUGCCCUUUUUUUUUUUUUUUUUCCUAGAACAGGAAAGCGGUUUCAACACGUUCUCUCCAUUACAACCAACAGAUGAGUCUUAUUAUCUGGCGCAAGGCGCUAGAGGAUUCAGUCCAAUGUAAGGCGGGGAAUGAAAGGAGCUAUAAAACAUUACCUCUGAAGGUCAAAACGAUCCAAUUUGACUGUUUGACUAAUGCUAGUUUGACCGCCCUCCCCGCCUGAACAGCUGGUUAUUAAUCCCCCCACCAAUAGGACCUGUGUAAUAUCCAGCACAGUGGUGGCAUGGUGCCUUUUUAUUCGUUACUACCGAAAGGUACGGUCUUCCAUUUGUAUUUCCCAGAAGCCUUAUAAUGGGAUAAAAAAAAAAAACUUUCCACUGAAAGUACAUGACACGGCUAAUUCUCCCUCUGAGCAUGAUUCUUUCAACCCAAUGUGAAUAAAUAUAAAAACCCUUCUGUAUUAGCCUGGGUAUCAAGAUGCAUUUCCAGCGACUGAGUGCUCCCUUCGGGGGGGGGGGGGGGGCACAGAAUAAAAUGCACAUCAAUGUUGCGAUUUCAGGCACAUCUAAGAUUGAAUGGGUGGGGGAUCAGUUGUACGAAAGCACAAAUCCAAAGAAGGCACCUCUGGGCUCGGUCGGCUCUCCCAACAUCGAGACGCCGGGGAGCCUUUACACCAAAUUUAGGCAAAAAUGCGAG